AACACCUCCGUGACUCCAAACACCUCCGUGACUCCAAGCACCUCCGUGCCUCCAAGCACCUCCGUGCCUCCAAGCACCUCCGUGCCUCCAGUUACCUCCGUGUCUCCAAGCACCUCGUGCCUCCAAGCACCUCAUCCCUCCGAACACCUCGGUGUCUCCAAACACCUCCGUGCCCCCAAGCACCUCCGUGCCUCCAAGCACCUCCGUGCCUCCAAGGGCCUCCCUGCACUCCCUGUACUCCCAGCACCUCAGUGCCUCCAAUACCACAGUGUCUCCAAUAUCUCAGUACCCCAGCCUUCAGUAUUUCUACAAGUCUUGUCUUACAGGAGACCUUCAAGAAUUCCUCUGGGCCUCCCGCCUGCCGUCUUAGUCCUGCAUGAGGAAGACCUACAUCCGGCCAUCUCUACUACGACCCAGUGGCGGUUCCUCUUCCCGGUCAUCGGAAGAAGCCCCGAGUCCACAACACUCCCAAACCAGGUCAGUGAUAGUGGGGAUUUAGGGGAAUGGCCUGUUGCAUUCUGGGAGGCCGAAAGCUUUUGAUUGUUGGUGCCAAUCCGCUGACGCUACCUCAUAUCCAAAUGUAUAUUCUGUGGAUACUGUGGACUUAGGAGAAAUAGAGUUAUCAACGGUAAGUCUACCAUAACUAUUUUUCACCUCAGUUUAAACUGACUGUAUGCAAAUAUCAUUAUAGUGGGGUUUUUUUUGUGUUUUAGGUAGAACAUCUGUCUGAUAUUAAAACAGAAGACAUAGAAGGAGAAGAAGUGACUGAUAUAAAGGAAGAAGAUAUAGAGGGAGUAAAAGAGAUGUAUGUGACUGAUAUAAAGGCAGAAGAUAUAGAGGGAGAAGAAGAGACGUAUGUGACUGAUAUAAAGGCAGAAGAUAUAGAGGGAGAAGAAGAGACGUAUGUGACUGAUAUAAAGGCAGAAGAUACAGAGGGAGAAGAAGAGACGUAUGUGACUGAUAUAAAGGCAGAAGAUAUAGAGGGAGAAGAAGAGACGUAUGUGACUGAUAUGAAGGCAGAAGAUACAGAGGGAGAAGAAGAGACGUAUGUGACUGAUAUAAAGGCAGAAGAUAUAGAGGGAGAAGAAGAGACGUAUGUGACUGAUAUAAAGGCAGAAGAUAUAGAAGGAGAAGAAGAGACGUAUGUGACUUAUAUAAAGGCAGAAGAUAUAGAGAGAGAAAAAGAGACGUAUGUGACUGAUAUAAAGGCAGAAGAUAUAGAGGGAGAAGAAGAGACGUAUCUGAAGGGUGAUCAGCAGUGUAAGGAGGAGGAGAUCCCUACAGAUAUCAGCACAGCAGAUGGACACACAAGCAGGAAUAUCUCAGAAGGACAUCUAAUGUUAUCACCGGAUUGUGAAAUAAGAGAAAAUGACAGUAGACAGGAUUCUCCAGGAGAUAACCCCAUUACCCCAAUUAUACAUCCAGCUCUAUCAGCUGAUCCCUGUGAUCCUGGGGAAUGUUCUCCUGAUCACUCUGAUAUUGGAGCAUCUGUUACAGCUCUGACAGUAGAUACAGUGUUUCCAUGUUCUAUAGAUGCCAAAUGUUUUACACAGAACACAAAGCGUAUUACCCAUCAGUCAGCUAAGGCAGCUGAGAUGCCAUUUCGAUGUUCUGAGUGUGGAAAAUGUUUUACAUGCAAAUCAGCUCUUGUUACACAUCAGAGAAGACACACAGGUGAGAGGCCAUUUCCAUGCUCUGAGUGUGGGAAAUGUUUUACCUGGAAAUCACAACUUGUUACACAUCAGCGAAGUCACACAGGUGGGAAGUCAUUUCCAUGUUCUGAGUGUGGGAAAUGUUUUAUCCGGAAAUCACAACUUGUUGCACAUCAGCGAAGUCACACAGGUGAGAGGCUAUUUCUAUGUUCUGAGUGUGGAAAAUAUUUUACCUGGAAUUCACAACUUGUUACACAUCAGCGAAGUCACACAGGUGAAAAGUCAUUUCCAUGUUCUGAGUGUGGGAAAUGUUUUGCACACAAAUCAGAUCUUAUUAGACAUAACAUAAGUCACACAGGUGAGAAGCCAUUUUCUUGCUCUGAAUGCGGGAAUUGUUUUAUCCGGAAAUCCCAACUUGUUACACAUCAGAGAAGGCACACAGGUGAGAGGCCAUUUUCUUGCACUGAAUGUGGGAAAUGUUAUACACAGAAAACACAACUUGUUACACAUCAGCGAAGUCAUACAGGUCAGAUGCUAUUUCCAUGUUCUGAGUGUGAGAAAUGUUUUGCACACAAAUCAGUUCUUGUUAAACAUCAGAGAAGUCACACAGGUGAGAAGCCAUUUUCAUGUUCUGAGUGUGGGAAAUGUUUUGCACACAAAUCAGCUCUUGUUUUACAUCACAGAAGUCACACAGGUGAGAAACCAUUUUCUUGCUCUGAGUGUGGGAAAUGUUUUACACAAAAAUCACAUCUUGUUAGACAUCAGCGAACUCACAAAGGUGAGAGGCCAUUUCUAUGCUCUGAAAAAUAAAUCAGCUCUUGUUGCACACAAUAGACAUCACUCAGGUGAGGAACCAUUUUAAUCCUCUGGAGUAUACUAAUCAUUGCCAUGCGUUGUUCUUAAAGGUUCUUAUCCUAUCUCCUAUGCUUUUUGCAAUAUACAUGCUACCACUGGGUAUAAUAAUCAGACGUCAUGUCCUCAUCUACCACUGCUAUACAAAUUACCUGUCUUUUGCUCAGGGUACUGAGAACCCAGUACCAAUCCUAAAUGGUUGUCUAGCUGAGCUCCAGGUAUGGGUGAUGCCAGUUGGCUGUGACUCAGUCCUGGCGAAACAGAUCCAUAUGGUAGAAGCUCACCAACAAAGGACAGGGCUACAGCUCAGUUUUGUUACCAACCAGACAUACGCUUGUGGGUUCAGAGUUACAAAAUGCUGAUCAUGUGCGGAAUCUUGGUGUCCUGGAUGGUGGAGUGACACUUAGACAUCAGGUAUCAGCCACAAUCAGAUCUUCAUCUGAGGAACAUAGCCAGACUCCAGCACUUAUUUCCCUCAGAAGAUCUACCUACAGUCAUACAUGUACUUGUAUCAUCACGCAUAGACUACUGCAAUGUCCUCUACCUGGGUCUCCCAGCAAAAGAAUUACACCGCUUGUAGCUUGUACAGAAUGCAGCAGCCAGGCUGUUACCUAAGCCACAUAACACCCAUUCUCUGCUCCCUUCACCGGCUGCCUGGAAGAUGGUGACUCUAUUACAUAAUCUUACUGACUCUCCCAGCCCUACAUGACCAGGGUCCAUGUACCAGAAGCAGCUUCUGCCUCCUUACUACCCUGGUUACUUCCAUCUGUUGAUGAAGGACUGUUAGUAGUACCAUAAAUCCCCAACUAGUGAUUGGAUGUUGGGUGACAGGUGGGUGGCAGUAGUGGGGGAGAGAUGGUGGGUGGCAGUGGAGGGGAGACAGGGCGGGUGGUAAUAAUGGAGGGAGAUGGAGCAAGUGGCAGUAGUGGAGGGAGACAGGGCAGUGGCUGUAAUGGAGGGUGACGGGGCAAGUGGCAGUAAUGGAGGCAGAU